CGGCCGCUGUCACCUCCCGGCGUUAGCGACGCCCCCCCUCGGAACCGAGGUUGCAUGAAUUAAAGACUGGAGAGCUGGAUGUGCAUCUCAUGCACGCAGUGAGUCAUGGCAACCGAUGAUAAAGUAGCCAUUUUAACUGAUGAUGAAGAGGAGCAAAAGAGGAAAUAUGUGCUUGCCGAUCCCUUCAAUGGAAUUUCCAAGGAACAAGACCUUCAGGCCCGAAGUGACACACCUUCCACAGAGACUACCACUACCAUUCCAGAUGAGGAGCUAGACUGGCUCGAAAGGCACUGUGUCAAAGUGAACAAUGAUCUUCUGGUCUCAAAAGUCUUUUAUUUCUUUUUUUAUGCUGCUUAUGGUUCCCUCUACCCACUGUUGCCCGUGUAUUAUAAACAGCUGGGCAUGACCCCUAGUCAAAGUGGGCUCCUGGUGGGAAUUAGGUACUUCAUUGAGUUCUGCAGUGCUCCUUUCUGGGGAGUGGUCGCAGAUCGCUUUAAGAAGGGAAAAGUUGUCCUCCUCUUCUCACUUUUGUGUUGGGUGUUGUUUAAUUUGGGAAUCGGGUUUGUUAAACCAGCUACCUUAAGAUGUGUACCAAAGUUCCCAGUGCCAGCACAUCCUACCAAUGCCAGCCACCUUUCAACAGCAACUCCACAAAAUAUUUCCAUGUCUUCUGCACUGCCUUCAGUCAGAACCACUUUACCAGAGGGCCGAGGGAAAAGAGACCUGCCCACUGACAGCUUGCCAACUUGGAGCUCGGUGCUGCCUGUGCAUUCUGAAACCAUGUUCUCUCUGCCGACUCCGAAUGGAGAAGAGAAGCCUGCUUUGACAGAAGAAGCGGGCACAGUUCCUGCCUUCCCAAAUAUUGUUACCCUGAAACUAUCCGGAAAUGCAACAGCAUUGCCUGCCGUCACCACAAAGGUGGCACUCUCUGAUCAGGUCACUCUUGUCUAUGAUCAUCAAGAGGUAGAAGCCAUUUUCCUGCUCAUCCUUUUGGUUGUUAUUAUCGGGGAAUUUUUCAGUGCCUCGUCAGUGACUAUUGUGGACACUGUGACUCUGCAGUACCUUGGCAAGCACCGGGACCGAUACGGCCUGCAGCGAAUGUGGGGAUCCCUGGGCUGGGGAGUGGCCAUGCUGUCCGUGGGAAUUGGCAUCGACUCUACCCGUAUCGAUGUGCUCAUUGAAGGCCAAGGCUGCAAAGCUCCAGAGUACAAGAACUACAGGAUUGUUUUCAUAGUCUUUGGGGUGCUGAUGACCCUGUCUUUGAUUGUGGCAACCCAGUUCCGAUUCCAUUACAAUCACUAUAAGCAGGAGGACAACCAGAACAAAGAUGCAGAUAUCUCUCAGGUGGAUCGAAGCUCCACCACAGACUCCUCCAAUGAGACCCAUAGCAGCACGAGCCAGCUGCAGUCCUUUCAUUUUUGGGACUUGAUAAAGUUGCUGUGCAGCAUCCAGUAUGGCUCUGUACUGUUCGUAGCCUGGUUCAUGGGAUUUGGAUAUGGCUUUGUGUUCACCUUCCUUUAUUGGCACCUGGAGGAUCUGAAUGGCACCACCACGCUUUUUGGAGUCUGUUCCGUCCUGAGUCACGUGUCUGAGCUGACAGCGUAUUUCUUCAGCCACAAGUUGAUUGAGCUGAUUGGCCAUAUCAGAGUCCUGUAUAUUGGCCUUGCCUGCAAUACAGCUCGUUAUAUUUACAUCUCCUAUCUGGAAAAUGCUUGGACAGUUUUGCCCAUGGAAGUACUUCAAGGUGUGACUCACGCAGCCAUAUGGGCAGCUUGCAUUUCCUAUCUAAGUGCUGCCGUCCCUCCAGAGUUAAGAACUUCAGCUCAAGGAAUCCUGCAGGGCCUGCACCUCGGCCUGGGAAGAGGAUGUGGAGCAAUGAUUGGUGGAGUGCUGGUCAAUUACUUUGGGGCUGCUUCAACAUUCCGGGGGAUAGGAAUGGCGUGUCUCGUGAUUCUCUUGCUCUUCGCUUUAAUCCAGUGGUUGGCAGUUCCUGAUGAGAAGGAGGAAAAGACGAUGCUGGCAGAAAGGAUUCCCGUGCCUUCUAGUCCUGUGCCCAUAGCCACAAUCGACCUUGUCCAGCAACAGACAGAAGACAUCAUGCCUCGACCCGAGCCCAGGCUUCCUCCCAAGAAAACAAAGCACCAAGAGGAGCAAGAAGAUGUGAACAAACCUGCCUGGGGAGUCAGUUCUUCUCCAUGGGUUACUCUGGCCUACGCACUCUAUCAAAUAAAGGAGAUGAUUCACCUCUCCAAAAGUAAUCAGACACUGGAGAACCAGCCUUUGCAGAAAGCAGACAGUAGCCCUGGCUCUGCACUAGGCAGCCCUCUGGAUCAAAGAAAGAGCGAUGAGCCUCGGGAACCGUCGCUACCUACAUCAACCCUUGAAACCCACCCAACCCCAGGUGACCCCAUUCCUUCAGAUAGUAGCGUUCAGCCUCCUGAGGCAGGGCGUGAAUAGGACUUUGCUGCAUCCACCUUGCUGCAUUGGAUUCUACUCUUGCGGUUAUAGAACGCUGAAAUGGAAGCUUGAAGCUGCAGCUCACUUCACCUGAGGCAACAGUAACCUGAUGCAGCACGUGCUGUUAAAAUAUUUAGGGCCAUGUCUGUGGUGAAACCCAUCCAGCAGGCCUGUCACAAGAAGGACUUGAAGACUUCAGGAAGGCUGGGCAGAAAAGGCUGGGUUAACAGUAACUUGCAAAGCAGCUCAACAUGAACGCUUUUUCAACCUGCGUGGAAAGGAAGGUUGGGGUCUGUGUGUGUGUAAACAAACACACCCACCUUGGUGGUCUUAAUUGGUUUUGAAAUUGUUUUCACAAAAAGGAAAUGCUUCCUUCAGUUUCUGAAGAGAAAUGUUGCAUUUCCUCCUGCGUGAUCUAGUUAAACAUUUUAAUUAAUUAUUGGGGGAAGGGAAGAGGAGGGGAGAGCUCAUAACUAUUUUUCUUCAUCUGUAUUAAUUUAUUAGGGGGCAUAUUGGCUCCCCAAGUUGGAUAAACUACUGAAAUAUCUGAGAAAAUAUAUUAGUGAAAUAGUUAGAAUGAAGGAAGAGCGUAGAAUUCUGUCUUUUGUAAAGACCUUUUAGACACUUUGAAUAGCUUUUGGCCAGUAGAGUUCCAGGUUAAACAUCUGCUAGAAACUUUCUCACUGAUGCAGUUGCUGUCAACUCCUCUGUGCCCAGGCUGCAUGGAAUCAAUAAGGGCAUUUUAGAAAGAAUCAGACUAUCACUAAAUUCAGCUGCCUGUAGCCUUUCGUUUAUGAAGGUGUAGGGGGACAGGUGGGGGUUAGCUUGGUGUUGUGCUUCAAGACCUGAACUGCAGUUGUUCAGUUCAAGAGCACCUAUGGUUUUAUGCGGGGCAGUUGCCCUAAUGCAACAAUUAGGGUUCACCCACUAAAAUAAUAGAUGUAUGGAGAUCUUCCUUGUGGAUCUUGUGAUGGGUGCUACACCACCCAUAAAGGGAUGCAUGCAGCCCAAACCAGUGAGUGCUGACCUUUUGUGGUGGGGGAGAAGGGACCCUUGGACUAUUCAGUGGCAGAUGUGUGGACCAGCUGCUGCUCAAGAACCUCUCUGGAUCAGGGCCAGUAUUUCAUGAAAGCAUAAAAUUGUGUUUAAAAAAACAAGAGGGUGGAGCUGUUACUAUCUUUCCAUUUAAAGUGCCUGGGGGCUAGAAAGCAGAUGGAUAUAAAUCAUAACUCUAGGUUAGGAAAGAAGAAUCUUGUCAAUGUAAAAGCAGCUGGAAUGAGACAGCUGUCACAUGUAAUGAAACAUGGAUACACUGUGUCUGGGGUCAUGCUUUACACUUAGGUUGUUUGUCAGAAGAGUGGCAAUUUGGAUUUUUUUAUUUUUGGUCUUUUCAUAUUUUUCCAAAAUUAGAACCCAACUCUCCUACACCUCUGUCUUUAUAGCUGAGAGAGACCACCUUAAGCUCCAUAUGUAAAGUUCUCAGGGCCAGAGAGUGUCUAAAACUGUCUUCUCAUUAGCUGUUUCUUAUUAAAGGGCAUGUGGCCUUUUUAAUGGAAGCUGAUGUGGAACCAAACUAGCAGACAAGUGGCUGGGUUUCGCUCCAGCACUUCUGUCCAUCAGGAAAGCUGCUGGGUGGACUAGGCCCCAUUUUGGUACAUUGCCGCCCAGACUGGCUGCUGGGGAAAAAAGCAACUGACUCAUCCCAUGCAGUCAGGGCAGGAGGCAGCAGAGGGAGUCUGCCUCGUUUUGAAUGCAGUGCAUGUGACAGAACACCCGAGACAGGCUGUGAAGACGGAAAAGAGGGAAACUGCUGGAAAGAGGGCCCGUGUCCCUGAGGGUUAUUCUCAUUACAUAUGCCCUAAGGGACCAUAACAGGAUCAGUCUGUAGACACCUGGGACCAAACAGCAGAAAGUACUCACUAGCUAUUUUUUUGCACUUCAACUUAAAUGUACUGUACUGUAAAUUUCUCAUGACUUGUUUAAGUGUCCUUUUAAAAACAAAUCAGAAAUGUAGGUAUUUAUUAUAUGUUUAUAUCUAGAAGAGAGGGUAAGAAAUAAAAGAACCAAGCAGGUAGCUGGCUCAAAAUGGUUAUUUAAAAAAAUUCAAGGAAAUAUUCAAACCCUCUUCAGGUUAAUAAUCUGUAGUGUCCACAUGGCAAAAGUUGUGAUAAUACCUUUUAAUGUUCAGCACCUGACUUGUAAGGCAUCAAGCAUAUAUGUCAUGUUUACACUCCUGUCUUGCCUGUUGAACUUGCUCCAUUAUUAUACAGGGGCAAUGGGACUGUAACACUGGCUUUCAUAGUUGUGAAACUGUUAAAAUGUAAUGAGAGAAAUAAAACUUCACUGCAUAUGU